AUGUUCUCCAAUAUAUCCUACCUUUGGCUGGUUUUCAGUGGAAUAGGCUUUUAUCUUAUCUUGAGAACUAUCUAUCGUCUCUACUUCCAUCCCCUGAGAAAAAUUCCUGGGCCCAAAUCAACCGCCAUAACACACGCAUACAAGUUUUACUACGAUUUUACCUGCGGGGGACAACUUCUUUUCCAGAUUGAAAAGAUGCACCAGCAAUACGGCCUCAUCGUUCGAAUUAACCCCCGUGAAGUACAUGUUAACGAUCCUAUGUUCUAUGAUGAGAUCUAUGCCUCUAGCACCCGAGUGCGUGACAAAGAUCCAUUUUCUUCUCUAAACGCUCCGUCUCGGAGUUAUCACCUGCAUGUGAAGAAAUCAUACAGAGUGACACAUUUUCUGCCCUAUCGUCCUGAUAUCAUCACAUAUUACUGCUUCGGGAAAAGUUGGAAAUUCAUUGAGGAGAAGACCUUCUGCAGUGAUAUUCGCACGGCUGUUAGUGAAGCCACUGCCCUUGUCCACCCGAAUCGCUUUAUUCCAUGGAUAAUACACCUUCCAUACGUGGUUCCGUCGAAGGUCAUGUUCUGGUUACAGCCAGGAUCGGCAGCCCUGUUCAAGGUUGCAAAGGCAAUCUUUGAUCAAAUUAUGGAGGCAAUGCAGAAUGGUAUCAUAAAUGAGGCUCUGCGCCUCUCAUAUGGGUUGCUUGGUCGGUUACCUCGCGUUGUACCGGAUGAAACCCUGCAAUAUAAAGGUCAUAUAAUUCCUCCUGGGGUACGUAUGUAUCAAUUGCCUAUGCGAUACCUAUAUUAA